AUGUUGACAUUAACAACGUCAUAUUUUCUAAUUUACGCCGUGUUAUUGCAAUUGAUUCCUGUAAAAUCAAUUGAAUUAGUGAUUUACCACACAAGUAAUAUUCACGGUUAUUUUGACGAAACGUACAGUUCAAUAGAUGAAAAACCAGUUGGUGGAUUUGCUAGAAUUGCAUACGUAUUGAAUAAGGCUAAAGAAAAUUAUCGCAAAGGUAAAGGACCACCUGUUCUUUACUUUGAUUGUGGAGACGUUUAUACUGGUAGUGCAUGGUUUACAAUUCACAAAGACAAAAUCGCCACGGCGUUUAUGAAUGCUAUAAAACCGGAUGCUGUGUGUUUGGGUAAUGCGGAAUUUUCGUAUGGAUUAGAUGGGUUAAUGCCAUAUAUCUCGAAUGUCACCUUUCCCGUGGUGGUGUCAAACCUAGGUUUUACGAGAGAACCCAAACUUGAAAAAUUAAUAAAACGGAAACAUAUAAUUAAAAUUGAAAAGACAAUUAUCGGAAUUUUAGGAUAUAUGAGGAAUCGCAGAGAUUCUUUCGGUAAUUUAGCCCCUACUGUGGAUAUUUUGGAGGAAGUUGAAAUUAUAAAUAGUCUUUCCGAAUCUCUUCGAAAGGUGGAUGGAGUUCAUAUAGUUAUUGUAUUGAGUCAUGGUAGCUCAGCAUCAGAUAUGAUGCUGAGUAGGUUAGUGAGAUACGUCGAUAUUAUUAUCGGCGGAGAUUCUCAAAUCUUUUUGUGGAAUGGUGUACCGCCGGAUAAUGAAAAACCAACCGGUGUUUAUCCCACCCUUGUUCAACGUUCCGAUGGGGCUAAACUUGCAAUUGCUUAUGUACGUGGUAGAACAAAGUAUCUUGGAAAAUUACACGUAUCGUUUGAUGAAAGACGUUUUAGAGGGCAGUAUAGUGGUCAACCUAUUUUGUUGGACGAGUCCAUUGGGCAGGAUACAUUUUUCUUAGAACUACUUGAGACAUUUCGUCCUGCAAUAACUGAGGCUAAUGAAACAUUUCUUGGUAAGUGCAGGGUUGUAUUGAAUGCGUCGUCUUGUAAAUACGAUGAGUGUAACUUUGGAAACUUGAUAACGGAUUCGUUUGUUCGAUUUAACGCUAAACGGUAUUUGUCUAAAUAUGAACAAGUUUCAAACGACAUGUGGUCGGAUGCUGCAAUAGCCAUAAUUAACAGUGGAGCAAUCCGUGAAAACAUCAUUCCCGGAAAAAGGAAGAACAAUGUCUAUAAACUCGACAUAUUAGAAGCACUCCCUGUCGACGAUUUACUUUAUUUAAUUAAAAUAUCCGGAGCUGAUUUAAUGUUAGCUUUAGAGCACGGCGCUAAAGAAGGUGAACGAAUAAAAUCCGUUUUUGUGAAAUGCGCAUAUUGCAGAAACCCUAAAUAUGAGCCUAUCCAUAAUAGCAGUUUCUAUGGAAUUGUAACUACCGAGUAUUUAGUAAACAACGGGGAUGGACAUCUAUCGUUAAGCAGCGGAAAAUCUAAUUUUUUGUUUACUACAAAUAUGUCUAACAUCAUCGAGUGCGUAAUGGAGUAUUUUGAUACAUUUCAAGUUCUUGCCCCUGAAAUUGAGGAACGAAUUAUAAUUGAAAAUCCAUUUUCUGUUGCAUCACAGCUUAAUUUUUUAGAUUUAUUUUUGAUUCUUAUAUUUCUUAUUCUUUAAAACAGCAACAGUUUUUUGACGUAGCAUCCACAAAUUGUUAGAUUUGGAAUAAAAUAUUAUGUAAUAAAAAAUUCCGGUUUCAUAUUUA